UGUUCGUAGAUCGACUCUAUCACUAUUCGGCUUGCGGACCUACUGUACUUCCUGGAGCGGGUAAAAGCAAAGCCCGCCAGCUGAAUUCCCAGCUUCACUCGGUAAACGAGCUUCUCCUCACGCUCGCGCAACACUAAUUAUCCUCCACCACGCUUCCCAGCACGACCACCUCACGAGUACUUGACACUGAUCUACGGAGAAAAUCCCAGCCUUCACGAUGGCAGCUCGCAACACCCUCCGCCGGUCUUUAUUAUACGUCCCCGGCUCGUCACAGCGAUUCCUUGAUAAGUCCCGCUCCCUCGCGGCGGAUUGUCUCACCUAUGAUCUCGAAGACAGCGUGACACCGCAUAUGAAGGCCGAGGCCCGGUCGCUGGUGCGGAGAGCGAUCGAUCAGCCGACGCCGGAGAACAUUCGCGAGCGCGCGGUGCGCAUUAACUCGGUGGACAGCGGUUUGGCGCUGGGGGAUCUGACAGAGGUGCUGCAAUCACCCAACUUGACGACCAUUGUCAUUCCAAAGGUCAAUUCAGCUUCGGACUUGACAUUCGUCACCGACGUCAUCAGCCACACCCUGUCCCAGCUGCCUUCCCCCGAAAAGAGACCUCCCAUCUCACUCCUCGCCCUCGUCGAGUCUGCCAAGUCUCUCACAAAUCUCUCCGAGAUCUGUGCCGCCUCGGACCUCCUCCAAGGAUUGAUUUUCGCAGCCGAAGACUUCGCGCUAGAUCUGAAUAUCACGCGUACGCCUUCAUUGACGGAAUUUUUGUUCGCGCGCUCGGCGAUUGCGACCGCUGCCCGUGCUGCGAACCUCCCGUCUACGAUCGAUCUGGUCUGCACCGCGUACAAGUCCGAUAAGGCGGAUGGGUCUCCGCCCGCGGCGUUGGAGGAGGAGUGCCGUGAUGGACGUCGACUGGGCUUUAACGGGAAACAGUGCAUUCACCCCUCGCAGGUGAAAGUCGCGAAUGAGAUCUUCGGGCCGGAGCCGGCCGAGACUACGUGGGCGAUGCGCGUUGUGAUUGCUGAUGACAAGGCUGCUGCCGCGGGACGAGGUGCGUGGACGUUGGAUGGCAAGAUGAUUGAUGUGCCCGUUGCGCAUAAAGCGCGGGCUAUCGUCAAGAAGGCCGAGGCUUGUGGCGUAGAUGUCAAGGCUCUGCGGGAGAAGUGGCUGCACCAGGAGCCUGAGUAAAUUAGACGCGAGCAAAAUGAGACAACUAUAUAUGCCGAGAACAAAAAUGGAGGGCUCGGUGUUUCCGUGAAGAGUGGUAUUUUUGAUAUCAUAUUCAAUAUUGGAGACGCUCGUCAAUUAAAAAUACACAAGUAGCUUCGGAGAUUGAUAUCUCGCUCUCCAAGAGAUUUUCGCUGGUAGAUAUAUCGUACACGCUUUUAUAGUCACACAGCGCCUAUUCCAAGGCGCCACGAGUAAUUUCGGUCAACAAAAGAUGACACAGUGGGAGACCGAGGAGAUUUGCAGACGGCAUAAGAUCUCGAUAAGAAUGGAGAGAACUGAGACGAUGGUUCGAUGUUGAGUUUGGGCUCGGAAGGAGGGGUAAAGUAUUUCGGCAAGUGGUGGACGGCAUGGUAGAACAUUUCAGGGUGUUUAUUUCUCACCCAACAUCUCCUUGCGCAUCUCCUCGCGCUGUAUCCUCGACUCUUCCUUGGCCUGGGCACGCUGCGCCUCGAGUUGCGCACGCUUCCGGUCCUGCUCUUCUUGCGCGGCGUACCAAACUAGAUUAAGACAAAGCACUGAGUCAGCCGUGUAUUCUCCUUUGUAUUCAGUCCAAAGCUCCCAGCAUACUUGACUUGUCCGAUUUAGACCACUCCUUCAGCUUCUGGACAUAAUCAUCAAACUCCUGGGCCUUGCGAUCGCCCUGCUCUGCACUGCGCUUUUGUAGAUCAGGGUUAUACCGCUUGACGAGCUCUUCGUCUGAUGGGCGGAUAUAUUGAACGAGCGCUGGUCCACCGACGCAAAAGAGGAUACCACUAGAGCAAUCGAGUCAUUAGCUGGGUUGACACUGGAGGGAGAAGGCGUAUCACUUACCCUCCAAUUGCCUUAGUCCACAUUCCAGCGCGAGACAUGAUGGAUGGGUUGUGUGCCGAGAAUAAAAGCCAGUUCUUCGGGAUUACUUGUGCUUCGACCGUGAUUUGAACGUUAUUUGUCACAAGCAGAUGC